GUCAGCAGCGGCAGGAGGGGGAACACGCGGACAACAGCAACCGUGGUGGUGCUGAUGGUGCUGGUGCCGGUGAUGUGGUGGUGCCGUCUUCGGCCUUCAGGUGCGUGUCAUCAUCAGCAGCAGCAACACCCCCCGUGAGCGGCAGUGGGCCGCUGCUGGCGCUUGAGCUCCGGUUCCAGCUGCCCUCCAGCUGCUAUGCCACCAUGCUUCUAAGGGAGAUAACAAAGGCGUCCACCUCCAAGACAUUUCAAUCCGGCCUCUCAGCAGCAACAGCUGCUGCUGUUACCGCCGCUGCUACUGCCACCCCUGCUGCUGCCUCGGAUGUUGCCGCUGAUGCUGAUGCCGCUGGUGGGGAGGACACACCGAUGCUUGCGAGUGGCAACUAAAGUUAGCGGUAGCAACAGUCAUGAGGGCGGUUUGGGAUACAAAGAUUGGGUGCUGGUGGUGAAGUAAGUUACCAAUGCUUUGAAGGCGUCCUUAAAAGUAAUUGGCAACGGGUGUUGCAAGUAGGCCGGGUAGAGAAUGUUGAAGAAAAGGUGUGGGAAAAUGUAGGUGGUGGUGGUGGUAGUGAAGUAAGCAUUGGGGGCGAGGAAGGUGGCUGGGAAGGAGUGAACGGAUGUCGUGGUGGUGGUUGGAUUGGAAGGUCGAAAUAUGCAGGUACAGAGUGUUGACAAGGUGGAGAGGAUGGUGUUGGUAUUGGUUCUUCCUGUCCUCCACUAACCGUAAAGGCUUGCCAGUUUCGAUGCGUCACCUCUGCGAGACCGG